AGACGUCAUCUUUUUUGCGCGAAAAUGUAGCAGAAACACAAGUCGGACCGGAUACAUAAAACGUAUGCUGAAUGUCGAAAUGCGAACAAUAAUUGCAUUGUUAGCAAUUUUAACUGCACUUCCUUGUUCAAUGUGUUCGAUUCCUAUCUACGUGUUACAAGAAGGACCAGAUGAGGCUUGUGGCGAACUGAUUUAUUCUGAGACGGGCAUUAUUCUGCACUCGCAUCCCACUGCCGGCCGCUCCGUUAAUACCUCGGAAUAUUUACCGGACCAAAGUUGCAAUGUUACAGUCCAAGUACAACAAGGAAAUUUUAUUUUUGCGGUGUUCACGUUUUUGGACCUCGAAGAUUCUAAUUGUACGGAGGACAAAGUCAUCUUUACUGAGCUCGGGAAAAGUGAAAAUGGUUCGAACACCACAGUUUGCAGCAAAUCAAACAUAGAAUUUCAAACAGAGAAGAUACAAGUCCAGUUUCAAACCAAUUCAGAAACUCAAGGAAAAGGCUUUGAAUUGCUGAUCACAAGCUUUUCCAGGGACGCGAAUUGCACGGGAUAUAUGUGCGACGUUGACAGGUGCAUAGCCGACGAGCUCAAGAAUGAUGGUUAUAAGCAAUGUGCAGACGGAACAGACGAGCUACAAUCCUCUACUUCCGGUACCACAGUUCGACCACACGUCGUCAAAUACUUGAUACUAUUCGGUGCUAUAGUAGUAUCCGGAAUAGUGCUAGUUUCGUUUAUUCUCGUCCUCACGUUGAAAAUCACGCGAGAGGGCGCGUCAUGUCACUGCAAAAACUGCUCCAGCAACCACUCAGAUGAUGACAUCGACGAUGAUAUCAGCGAAAUCCCUACGCCGCCAUUACCGUCGGAAACGAAGCUCGUCACACGAAAGGAAUCCAAAAUGGCGACCAAGCAUGCGCAGUCAACAUCGAUUGUUUCAAAAGAAAAACCAACUAGUGCGCAACGAAAAUCAAGUAAUCCAGUUGUUCACAAACCUUCGCCACGGAUCAAAAAAAUAAGGGUUGUCCCAACUUUGGACUCAGAGUGGUGAAAAGGAUAUUGAAACGUUUGCAAUUUAUGUACAUGUUAUACCCUACUGUAACGUAAAAUCAACAUGCAUAUAAGAAACGUGUAUUGACUAUAUGAAUCUGCUGAUGACAUUGGCAAAUUUAGACAUUUCACAGUUACGUUCGCUGCGUAAACAAAUUUGCGAGAAGUAAUAUCGUUAGAAUGAUGUUCAACGCACUGUGGUACACAUGUAAUAAACAUGAUUUCGUUGAGCGCUU